GUAAUUAUCUGUGGUGUUAAGCUGUAUUUGGUUGCUUUGAAGCAACUGGUAUUUUAAACUUGUCACAUUUAAAAAUUAUCAAAUGAUGGGUUGUAAAUAAUAACCACAUAUCCAGAUGCGAAAAGAAGUAAUCAUUUCAAUAAUACAAAUACUGUAGCUGCUGUAUCGAAAUCUUAUCACAAAGACUUGGCUCAUAUCCAUUGGAUUUCCGUAGACUGACUAUCUGAUAAUUUUGUUAUAAUGUGAAGAUUAGGUAGUCAUGAGAAAUUUGGCAAAAUGAUGUUUGGAAAUGAAGAUUAUCCUGAACCGGCUUUAGCUGUAGGAAAAAUCAAUGGAGAUUAUGAUCCAUUGAUCCCGCCAGCUACUGGAGAAGAAUACAUCCAGAGAGUAGUGUUAGAAGCUUCCAAGUGUGAACAUGUUUUGGUUGCCAGUGUGGAUAAAUCUCAAUUCAAGGAGCAGACUGUAAACAUAGAUAUCGCCAUAAAAGAACCACCUUUGGUUACACCUUCCAUUGAAUGGCAACAAUGUCAAGUUGCUGAUUUUUCUUCAGUACGUCAGAACUUAGCAAGGUACAGGUCCUUGGGCAACUUUAAACCGUCUAUAUCAUUGCCUGCAAGAAGAGAUGAAGCAGGCUGGUACUUGCUGUGUUUUGGAAGUGAUACUGAACCUGUGGAAAGUGGAACUUCCAGUGGUGGUGUUCCACCAUUGCUGAGCAUUCUGCUGUCAAUGAAUCAGCCAUUGAUACAUCAAGUUCUUGAAUAUCAUGUGGAGUGGCUUGAGACAAGGUCAAGUUUAUCUGUACAGCAAGGUCAAUGGUUAUAUUCAUUGCUGGCAUGUCUUGAACUACCACUACUUCCAGAAACAUGCAGCUUAUUACGUACGCUUGCACGAGACUGUUCCAGGCUUAGAGCGUCACUGAAAUCUGAUGACCCUCCAUCAGUGGCACCGCUCACCCUCAUAAUCUGCCUAGUCGCAAAUUAUUUUCGUCAAAUGGAUCUUGCAGACACAGUGCCAGAAUAAACAGUUCCACUGUAAUAAUUUGAUUUUUUAACCCAUUUAUAACACUACUGCCAUUUUAUUAUACAGGGUCUCUAGUUUUAUCGUGAGUCUGGGUCUCGUACAAUGUUAUGGCAAGCUUUCUGCAUAGCGCUGUAGGAGAAGGCAAUUGUUUGCUGCCCAUUUUCCCCCUACAAUAUUACCUGCCUUAGUUAAAAGAGGAAUCUUGAAGGGCCAACCUUCAGGUUCUUUACAGACCUCACACCUUGGAAAAGCAUUUCUAGACACAUGGCAAAGCUGUUGUCUUGGAAUAACAUAAAUUUCUUGCUGAAUAUUCUCUUUUGUUUAUCAUAGUGAAUGAGGAUUUUUGACAAACACUUUAUCCUUUAGUAUGCCCCAUAAAUAAGUCACAAGGAUUUAAAUCAGGUGAGCAGGCAGGCCACAAUUCUUACCAAUUCAUCAAAACGUCAGCGAUCGCAUCAUAGAAUUAUUAGCUGUGUGGGCUGUAGCAUUGUCCUGUAUGAAGUGCCAUUACAUUUAUUCAUCUUCAGCCAUUUCAUCAAAAAAGGAUGUCAGAAUUAAUCUUACAUAUUAUUUAUAGUUUGUUUUGUCAAAAGAAGAAAUUUGACCGAUUAUUCUUCAAGCAUUAUUUGUGCACCAAACUCCAGCUUUCACACAGUGUACAGGCACUUCAUGAAUGACAAGGAUUUUUUGUGGACCAGCAUCUAUUUGUUUUGACUGUUUACAUACCCACUUAAUGUAAAUCAUGAUUUUUAAGAAUAAAAUAUAAGAUCUGGUUCAAGAAGACUAUUAAACACAGAUUCCUGAAACCACCUCUUGUAUUAAAUUCUCGCUUCACAGUCUGGAGGCAUAAGACUAUGCACAGCUGUCAUUAUGUAGGGUUGUACCUUGAACAAUUUUGUUGCAUGGAGCACCAAUUUGUCAAAACAAAAAGUGUACACCUCCCUGAAACAAAUAUAAAUGAUUUAUUUUGUAACUGAAA